AUGCCCCUAAAAUGCCCAUAUAAAGCUUGCAUAUCAAUUUUCCUUUUAUCUUUCAAUGUUGCUGAAUCUCGACGAUAUAGUAAUGUUAGAGUUCUAGAUAUUCAUCCUACAGCAAAUAAUCCAUAUUUUAUUAAAGAAGCUUAUAAAUACAAGGACGCAGUUUUUUAUGUAUAUUAUCCAGCCUACACUUAUCGAGUUUCACAUGUUGUUUAUUACCGCGAAAUUAUUUGGAGUUGGCGACAUAAUAUAAACUCUUCUUUUUGUUAUGUUAUAGCUAACUACACUUAUAAAGGCCAAAAUGCACUGUUUGCUAAUGUCGUUCUCGUUUCCAGGAAUAAUGGAGAGAAUAUAAUUAACUGUCCAGACCUCAAAAAAGAGAUAAAAUCGACUUAUAAAAGUUUAAAGUUGGCCCAUGAAGAUAGUGAAACAAUAUCAGAAGAUCAACUGGAAUUUUUUCAACUUCUCGCAGAAAUAUUUAACAUCAAUCUUUUAGGAACAGAUAAUCAACCACAAACACAACAAUCACCAAUAGUAUCAAAUAAUGGAACACAACAAUCACCAACAGUAUCAAAUAAUGGAACACAACAAUCACCAACAGUAUCAAAUAAUGGAACAAGGGUUUCUACAGCUGAGGGACAAUGA